GACCCAACAAAUUCAGUUCAAGUCGUUCGCCAUAGGUUCGUUUUAGACGAAAAAAUUGUCUUAAGGCAAUGCAUGAGCGACCAUGUAUGGAACAUGGAAGCUGGACACGUCAAAUUUUCACGCGUCCGUCAGAUUUUGGACGUGGUUCUCUCACUUUCGUUUUCACUUUAUCGACAGAAAAUGAGCACUAUUCGAGCCAUCAAAACUGACAAAUCUCCUGCCGCAGUAGGUCCAUACUCUCAAGCUAUAGUUGCAAACGGCUUUGUCUUUACAUCAGGUCAACUUCCUAUCAAUCCUGAAACAAAGAGUAUCGUUGGCGACGAUGUUAAAGAGCAAGUGCGUCAAACACUUCGUAAUGUGUCAAAUGUAUUGCAAGCUGCAAAUUCCUCACUUUCACGAGCAGUUAAGAUUAACGUCUAUAUAAAGGAUAUGGAUGAUUUUGCAGCUGUCAAUGAUGCCUAUGCUGAAAUUCUUGGUGACGCCCGACCUGCUCGAGCGUGUAUUGAGGCGGCUAGGUUGCCUAAAGAUGUUAAGGUUGAAAUUGACGCAGUCGCUAUUGUGAACGAAUGA